AUGGCCAUGACCAUAGCCAUGAUCGACUGUCCCAACCGCAAAGCCUGCGAUCGCUGCCACGCCCAGAAGCUCAGCUGUAAGCGCUACGGCGAUGAAGCCUGCGAGCGCUGCCUCCGGCUCCGAACCGAAUGCAAAUCGAGCCCUUCGCUGCGAUACCGAAAGCAACAGACGGCCGUCGAGUCCCUCGUGCUGGAGGAGACGACAGGCACUUCUGGCUCGAACACAGCGCUGCUGCUCGAGGGAGGCCGAUCACCCAAGCGGAAGCGGACGGAAAGCGAGAACCUUCCUGUGCCACCUGACUUUGUCGGUCCCCCGAUGAGCGGUGAAUUCGAAUCGCAUCCAUCGGGCGGCACCGUCACACACGACCAGAUGAUGAACAUCGCCGACUAUGCCUUUGGCGGCGGCGGCUUUGACCCGGCGGCAGCCCUCUACCCGUCGCAUACCGUCGUCGUCGAUCACCACCCUUCACAACUCCACCCUGGCCUCUCCCAACAUCUUAUAUCCAGGGACAACAUCACCGAUACGUGGCUCCCACAGCACCUGCAUGCCAGCACACUGGUAUCUCAUACUCCCCCCCCUCUACCUUCUGUCCCACCACGCGCGCCUACCGAAACCGAGGGCGGCCAGCUUGCCUUCACACCGACGACGGCAGCCUCUGCUACCAGCAAGAAGCAACACCACAACCAACAACAGCAGGUCACGUUGAGCCAGCGACAUUCUAGUGACCGCCCUUCACCGCGGGUGUCCAAGCCUCGCGGCAAGUUCAAAACUCGUCAGAUCGUCCUCAAGUCAUCACCGGCCGGCAAAACCACUUCCUCUUCGGCAGGUCACUGGAUGCCUCGGCUAUCGGACAUCAACUCGAGGCUCUUUGAGCUCUCAUCUGCAUUGCCGUACCAGAUUGAGUGUGCGGACGGCAAAUCGCACCAUGGCAAAAACUCGCAGCAUCAUGGCAACGGUUCUGGAAGGCACCGCACCGUCCCGUUCCCCGUAGAUGAGAUGUUCAAGCUGUCUCAGCAGUUCGCUGAGGCCGUGCAGGACAUCACGCCCUCAGAUGGCCCAGCUAAAGCCCCUGACACCAAGACCAGCCGCGGCAAGUCCCUCAAUAGCAAGGCCGAUCCUGGCUCGUCAAUGUUCAUUCUCUCGACUUAUGUUCGGCUGCUGGACAUGUACCAAAAGGUCUUCAGCUGUAUUCACGGGAAUCUGUCGCAGCUUGAAGCUGGGGACGGUCUGCGGUACUGGAAGCUGCCCGACGUGACGGUUGGUUCAUUCGCUGUCGACUCGACACCGUCGCUGCAGAUGUCGUUGACCAUUCAGCUGGCCGAAGAGUUUCUGUCGCAGCUACGGAAUGCGGCCGCCAGCCUGGGACCUGGUGGGUCAUCAGGCGGUAGGAGUUCGGAUGGGUCCAUGUUCUCUGGCGUGGUAGACGUUUCUUUUCAGGCUAUCAAGAGUCGUGAGGAUAGCCUGGGCAAGCAGCUGGCGGAUUUGCGACGGGACAUGGACGCAAUCCUCGACGGUUGA